AUGGGGAAGUCAGCCUCCAAGCAGUUUGCAGAAGAGCUGCUCCAAUCACACAAUGACUACAGGAGAAAACACCAGGCUCCACCGCUCAAACUCAGCAACAAAAUCAGCAAAGAGGCCACACGUUAUGCUGAAAGUUUGGCGAGCACAAGAAUCUUGAAGCACAGCGUCGAGUCCACCAGAGGGAGCUGUGGAGAGAACCUGGCCUGGGCGUCUUAUGAUCAGUCUGGUAAAGAUGUGACCGACCGCUGGUACGAUGAAGUCAAAAAUUACAACUUCAAGCGUCCAGGAUUCUCUUCGGGCACAGGUCACUUCACUGCCAUGGUUUGGAAGAGCAGUAAGAAACUGGGCGUGGGUAAAGCCAGCGCUGAAGACGGAUCUACCUUUGUGGUUGCCAGAUAUUCUCCUGCGGGGAACAUCACGAACCAGGGCCACUUUGAGAGCAAUGUGCUGCCGGCGACACCCACGCCGCCGUCACCUCUGGACGUGUGA